AUGUCACUGCAGGGAAAAAUUGCUAUCGUCACCGGAGGAGCACGGGGAAUUGGAGCAGGGAUUGCUCGCAGCUUGAGUAAGGAGGGUGCAAAGGUCGCUUUCAACUAUGUCUCGCCCUCAUCCAAACUUGCAGCAGACAACCUAGUCGAAGAACUUCGCCAGGCUGGCAAGGAAGCUGUUGCAGUACAAGCGGAUGUGACUGAGCUGUCUGCCCCGGGAACCAUCAUCCAAGCUACUCUAUCCUCAUUCAAAACAGAUCAUAUCGACAUCCUGGUAAACAAUGCCGGCGCGGGCGACAACCGACCUCUGGAGGAAGUGACCUUGGAGAUCUAUACAAAAUUGAUGGACGUUAACGUACGGGCAGUGGUCUUCAUGACCCAAGCUGUGCUGCCAUUUAUCAGUCACGGUGGGCGCAUCAUUAACUUGUCCUCCAUCUCAGCGCGAGGCGGCUAUGCCACACAAUCGGUAUACGCAGCAAGCAAAGCAGCUGUUGAGGGUCUGACGCGGGUUUGGGCCACCGAGCUAGGGCACAAAUACGGCAUCACAGUCAAUGCCGUCAACCCAGGUCCCGUGGACACGGACAUGUAUCAAGCCGCAGGCCCGGUGCAUUUGGCUCGAAUGGAGGAAGAAAAUAAGAAGGUCCCUGCUGGACAACGGUGUGGUACCGUGGAGGACAUUGGGGAUAUCGUUACAUUUUUGUCGGAGGAGCGGUCGCGGUGGGUUACGGGAGAUGUCAUUUGCGCGAAUGGUGGUAUACUUUACACCUAG